UUCUCGGCACUCUGCGCGAGUUCCUUACAUCGGCCAUGUACAAUAGCAUCCGAUACUGUAAAUUUUUUCUCUAUUUCAUUUUUUCUGUUUCAGUUUUUUUUUUACGUCACUUACUAUUAAGUUAUGUCAGUUUAUGAUGAGGGAGAUGUGAAAACAUGUUAUUCAGAUGUUUGUCUUUUCACAGUUUUGCUUUUUUCUUUAUUCUUUAUUUCCGAUUCCCAUGGAGUUUUUCCCUGUCGCUCACUUACCUCUACUAUUAUUUGUCAUAUUUGCUAUCUUGUCGUUGUUACGAACCCUCUUUGCACUUUGCUUGACAAUCACUCGCUUAUGUCCUGCUAUAUGUUAUCUUUACUGCUUUGCAUUUUACUGGAUCGCCAAUCUUUUAUCUUUAUCUCUUUGCUCGUUUUUGUUAAUGUCUAUCCUUUCUUUUCUUUCUUUUCUUUAUUUUUUCGUGUUUUCGUUGUUUAACGCUCUAGUUGCUCUGGAAUGAAUGUAUUUGAUGUUUCUGAUCAUGAAGAGAACGUCGC